UACUCCUCUCCAGGGCCCUGUCUCAUUGCCCAUAGAAUCAGGAUAAUCUGGGACUAAGGGUUUUCACCAGGAAACCUCAAGUUUAAUUCUUUAGAUCUGAGAAGGUAGCUUCUCAUGCUGAAUUGCUCAUGACUGAUCCAAAAGAGGUGAAUAUUCUAAACGAUUUCGCUUCCCUGUUUCUUAGUGAGGAAGCAUCUGGAACAGAAAAUAAAAAGAUGUCCCGUUGCUGGAAGGAGGAGAGGCGAGUGCUCACGCACAACGUGGUCAGGUUCGGACCCAGGACCCUGGUGGGCGCCAGGAGGGUGAGAGAUGAGUUUCUGGGAACAGCUCACAUCAGGAGGGUGCCAAGCUACAUAAGGGGGUUCUUGGAUCCCUUGAGUUCAGCACACCAUGAUCCCAGGAGGGGACAGAAGCCAGGCAAGCUUCUUACUCAUCCUCAGAGAGAAUGGGCUUGCAGCAAGACAGCCCCCAAGAAGAAAGGAAACAGAACUCCUGUUCUCACGCACGACCUGGUCCGGUUCGGCUCGAGGACAAUUGUGGGGGCCAAGAGGGCAGCGGAUGUUUCUGACCCGGAGGAGUCAGCUGGAGUCUUGUACCAGAAAAGGGUGAGUGACAAUCCCGAGUGUGUAAGACUUGCUAACCUUCAACCUGCUGCUCUCUGUCUGGGAAAAAGAUUGGAUUUUCAGCAUGUCAACUAUAAUAAAAGAAAAAAGUGGACCUUUCUAUGUAUGCACGUGAUGAAGAUGGCCAAGAAAUACUCCUAAGAGGAAAAGCGAGUCAUGGGACAGUAUGGUACAGUAUGAUGCUUUCGAAAAACAAAAGACUGGAAAGCUAUAUACCAAUUGACUUGGCAGCAUUUUUUUUCUCUUAAUAGUUUGCCCACGGAACAGAAUUGUGAUAGGGGGUUGAGAUUUCAUUUUUAGUAUUAUACUUUCUUGACUAUAAAGUGCAAUAAAGAAAAUAGAAAACUGCUUAUAAAGAGCAAUAAAGAAAUAGGAAUAUUGGUUAUAAAAUAGCGAUAAAAUUUAUGGACACACUUCUGUAGACACUUUGGGCGCUGAGAAGACAGUCAUGCUCCUUGGGGAAACCUUUGAGAUCACAGCCUGAGCCUUAUUUUAUUUAUCUUUGCAACAUCUGUACCAUCUGGCACAGGGCAGGUACUCACUCAGUGGGAUUU